CAGUUACUUACUACAGGAAAUAAGCAACAGCUAGGUCCAUCGAAAAACGAACACUUACUGGAGGCUGGAAUACAUUUAGAGGUCAUUUUGAGGAUGUCUCGAUAGUCGUACCGUUAUAUAACUUCUUUAAAUUUAUAUAAAACAUGGCAAAAACUAUGAUUUUAAUGUUUGAAAUAAUUAUCAUAACGGAAUUAAACGUUCUUUUGCCCAGUGUUGCAAUUUCCGAAUUACGUCUAGGUGCACAGCUUUCAAUGAAUAACAGCGCGAUGAACGAGGAGAGCAGAUUGUGCAACAUAACCAUACAGAAAGCUCUGGAAGAUAUCAACGCUUUCCCAAACCUGUUAGUAGUAGGAUACCAGACCAUACUAUUCCAGGAUAGGAUAGGAUACAAACUAGAUCUAACUUAUGACUACGUCGACUCGGAAUGCAGAGGAGAGCAUAGAUCGGACAUUAUAAAUAAGCUGCGAAAUAUCUUGCAUUUUCCGUAUAUCCUAAUCGGUGGGGUAUGUCCUACUAUAACAGAGCAGUUUAUAAAAGUUCAAGAUUUUUUCUCGUCCGCAGCUCAGAUUUCAUAUCUUGCUACAUCUGCCAACUUGGCUAAUAGAAGGCUGUUCCCCAAGUUAUACCGACUAACAGCUCCGGAACGUGUAGGGUAUGCUCUUGUGCAACUGUUAGCAACCUUCAACUGGACUCGUAUAGCGAUCAUUCAGGAAGAGAACGAUAACUUGUCAAUGACUACAAGCGACUUAAUGAAGGAACUCAAUGUUACGAAAGUAGAUGUUAUUGCCGGAAAGCCCAUAACUGUGGGCUCGACUCCUGUGCUGCAACAGUUGGAUGUACUAAAGAGUCUGGACGCACGUAUCAUUGUUGUAAGUGCUUCUCAAAAGACAACUCUGGAAAUCGUAUGCAAUGCGUACAAGCUGGGACUAUACGGGAAACAGUUUGUUUGGAUAUUUACGGAAAAAUAUUCCGAUGAGUUCUGGAAGGUUGGCGAUGUCUAUUGCACGGAAGAAGAAAGGCAGAGGGCAGUGGAAGGGGCAUUUUUCUGUAAUACUGUGAAUAAUAAGCCCUUUAAAGAAAAGGGAAUUGCAAACAUGACGUACUCGGACCUCCUCACAGAUAUUCGUCAUCGCGCUAAUGUACCAGAAUUCAAACCAUUUGACUACGCCGUCGGCAAGUGUUACGAUCAUGUUUGGGUUGCAGCUUUGGCGUUGAACUGCUCUUUAUCUACACUUUGGAAAUUAGGGGGUGAAUUCUUAAUGGAUGAAAGACCAAAUAUGAUUACCGACUGCAUUGAUAAGUUAGAUUUUGUAGGGACGACGGGUAGAAUAAGGUUUACAGAUGGGGCUCUUAAUCCAGAUGCCGUAUUGCAAAGAAUCCAAGAUGCGAAUACAAAAGUGGUGGCAUAUUUUCGGCAGGAUUAUCACCCAAAUUCUCGUUAUGAGUGGAUAGAUGGAGCACUUAUUUGGAAAGAUAAAAUUAUCCCACGUGAUUCUGCUCAGACAAUUCAGAAAGAGAAGUUCGUCCCGAUGUCAUUAUAUUUGACGAUGUAUAUAUUAGCUGGUAUUGGAAUCAUAUUCACAAUCGCUUGCUUCGUUUUCAACGUAUUUUGGAGAAAGCACAGGAUAGUGAAAAUGUCAUCACCAAACAUAAACAGUAUUUUACUUGUCGGCUGUUUACUAAUGUAUGUAACUAUAGUUAUCAAGACAAUGGCAACGACAAGCAAAACAGUGUGUGCGGUGCGAUUGUUUUGCUUCUGGAUAGGAUUCGCUACUCUAUUUGGUUCCAUGUUUUCCAAGACAUGGAGAGUCUACAGAAUUUUCACAAAUAAACAAAUGAAACAGAAAUUGUCAUUAAGAGACAAACACCUACUGGUCAUCAUCGGUAUACUCGUUAUCAUGGAAACACUUGUGUUAAUAGUAUGGGAGAGUUACUCGCCGCAUCAUGUGAAAGAGCAGCGGCUGGAGACAGAGGAUGUUACCACAGACAAAGGGGACAAGGUUUUAGUGUUUUCUCGUGUUUGUGUGUCGGUUCACUCCAACUAUUUCAACUGGACCCUGAAAAUAGUGAAUGGUGCUCUUAUGGCCUUGGGCGCUUUUUUGGCAUGGGAAACCAGACAAGUACACAUAGAAGCUUUAAACGACUCCAAGACGAUCGGUGUAUGCUUGUACAACGUUGUUAUUCUGAGUAUCGUGGGGCUGUUUCUGUCUAUGACGCUUGAUGACAAACCGAUUGUACUGAAUGGAGUCACUUCCGUGUGCCUUUUCGUCGGAACUCUCGUAUCGGAGACGUUGAUAUUCCUCCCAAAGAUAUUAGCAUUUUACCGGAAACCCAUUGCAACCCCACAGACUGCCUUGACUAAUCUACAAUCAUCGACAACCUUGAGUAUAACAACAAACCGUAUUGAAUUAGGCGCCAGUCGUUCAUGUGAAAAGGAAACGGAAACUGAUGAUACGACGAAAUUGGAUUAACAAAUCAAAUGAACUUCCGAUGAGACUAGAUUGACAUUACAAAUUGAACUUUCGACGAGAUUGGAUUGAAAUCAUAAAUUGAACUGGUGAUGAUGUUAAAUUAACAUCACAAAUAUAAAUCAUAAAAAGAUUGAAUUGAUAUUAAACAUCGAACCUUUGGUGAGUGUAAAUUAACAUCAAACAGUAAACUUACGACAUUGGAAUAACAUUACAAUUUGAACUUACCAUGAGAUAGGAUUAACAAUAUAAAUAGAACAUAAUGCAAGAUUGGUUUGUCAACACACAGUGAAUUUACGACAUAACUGGAUUGAAAGCAAACAAUUAUAAUUAGUAUAACUUAUAUUAUAUAUUAUAUUUUAAGUGUAAUUGGCUGUAUGAGUUUUAGUUAUUUUGAACAUUGUAACAUGUAGCAUUUUAUGCAGCUAAAGACAGACAUACACUUAGGCUGUCUUGUAUUAGGCCUCUGAAUGCUUCCCGACAACUCUGCCAUAAUGGAAUCGAGACUCAAAAAUGUUGAAUUUUGAAAUAUAGCACAUCUACUUAAAACUGACCAAUGUCUGUGUUUCUGUGUUAAUGUGUAACCCGACGUUUGUGCAGUAAACCCUAUUUGCCCGCUUUGAUGACAAGCAAUCAAACUCACCUAAUCAAUCAGCUCAUCCAAUUGACAAGUAAACACGAUUCUAUUGAAAGUAUAAAAUGGUGGUCAUACAUUUAAAUUCAAUUGAGUAAAAAUUGCUCUGCAAUAGAGCCGCCUGGCUGUCGUGGAAUACGUAAAGAACUAUUGGCUUUGUACAGUGUUUUCAAGGUGCUAGUUACUUUAGGUGAGAGGAAAUAUCAUGCCAAUAGAGAUCACAAAGUCAAAGGUCAAAGUCGCAUAGGGUUUAGCAUGGAAUUUGUUUCCGGACAUUAUUAAGAGAAUGAUUGACAAAAGAUCAUCUUAAUUGUUAAGCUCAAAUAUCAAGGUACCUAGGGUCAUUAACAUUAAAUGCGUCUCCAAUAUUACCUCUUUACUAAGGUAAAGUUUAUUUUAUUUUGUGUAGGAUAGUAAAUCAUGCGAGGCGAAGACCCUUCAUUUUUUAGAUAAACAGAUCAAAGGUGAAGAUCACAGGAGCUUGUUAUCUGAAAAAAACAUUUCGCAUAAUGAGAUAUUGACUGCACGUUAGGGUAUAUAUAUGUUUUACAAACAUCUCUUGUUUAUGUGCUUAUCUGUGCUACUUAAAACGGCAUGAGUUUGAGAGCAAGAGAAGAGUGGGGACGAUUUGUUGUAGUUUAAUUACAAAAUCAGUAAGUGUGUUUAGGUGUAUGAAAAUAUUCCCAACUCUUUUUUAUUGACUCAAUGAAUGUUUGUAUACACUUAUAUGGCUCUGAGUCUGUUGUAAGAUUGCACGUAGCAUUGUCUUUGGUAUUAAUUUAAAAUAUUACUGGUAUUUAAUUAAGUACCCAUUAACAUUGAUAAACUGUUAGCUGGUGUGAAACCUUGAUAGGAUUCUUCAGUAACUGACUUUAUGUUUUGUUAAAUUGCAAGGAGUGUAAUUGAAUUAUUAAUUGUUGUAAUGUUUGUUCAAAAUUGUCAACAGUUGAGUUUAACUUAGAUUUGACGUAAAUAAAUACACAAUUUCAGAUAGAAACUAAAUGUGGUCAUGGCAAAUUUCAAUUGCAUUAAUAUUCUUAAAUAUCUUGGCCACUGUGUGGUUAAAGAGCAAGUGUAACCUACUUUUUUAACGUUAUGCUGUUGAGAUAUUUCAAUAUGUUAUGCAGUAUUUAUUGUGGGUAGUAAAGCCUAGUUUGUUUGUUUGCAGUUUGCUACAACAUUUAGUUGUGCAAAUUGAUCGUAAUGCUCAAAUUCGCCAUUACGUGCAUUUGUUUGUAAGUGGUCAACAACUUAGUAAUAUUUAAGAUUGAAAAUAUAACGUGAAAAACAAAAUCAUACUUUGAAUAUUAUUGUCUUCGUUUUUGUUAGUUUAUGAAGUGUGAUGGUUUUAUGAAAUGAACACUUUGAAAUGUAGACGAUGAUAAAGCUGAAUUAAUCUGAAGCUAUUAAAAAUGCCUUUUUUAUAUAAUUUGAUAUACUAUGACUCUAUUUGCUAUAUUAUUUGUGAUAUAUCCCUUGUAUCCUGAACGUUCAACUAAACUUAAAUAAAACUUC